ACCUGGUCAGAUGGGAAUGUAAAUAUUUGCAUCGGAUGUGUUAUUUAUAUGUAAAAAGAAAAAAGAUGAACUCCAACCAAUGUUUAAUCCGUUCAUUUAUCUCUUUAAAUUAAUUGCGUGCAAUAUUUUAAAGCAAGAACAAUAAAUCAGGCCUUUUACGCGGAUGAUAUUUAUGCCGCGUCGUGUAGGUGAUAUAAAUCUCCUGGCAGCGACAAGCGUGCUUACUGCUUACAUGUUUAUUUACAAAUGCUUUACUGCAUUACGUUGAUAUCAGGCAAUGCAGCAUCAAAACAUAAGGGCGUGGCUUCACAGAUACACCGCGUGAAUUAGCCGUAAGCCGGCCGCCUCGUCGCCAGUCUCGGUUCGGUCUCCCGUCGCGCCGAACGUCACCACCUACGUAACGAAUUCAAAAAUUCACGUGCUCGUGAAUUAUUGUGCCAAUAUAAGACAAAUCGACUAAAAAUCUUUCAGUGUACUGUGAUUUUUGUGUGCAGUGAAAAUAUCUCAGUCAAUCUUUGAAGGAGAUUGAUCUUGAGGGUAGUUUGUGUUGAGUGUCGCACGGAUCACCGGUAUUAUUAUUUCAACGAACUGUGCGAAGCAACCAAUUCUGUGUAAAGUGCGUGUUAUACGAUGCUUUGUCGGAAAGCGUAAACGAGUAUAGUACAAAAGGAUUGCAGUGUUAUAGGAUAAGUUGAAAAACAUGGUUGUGUAAGUGGAAGUGCCAGGGGGAGCCGCCGGGAACGGUAGUGUCGGAAUGUACGAGGUGUCGUGCGUCGCCGGCAACAAAGUAGACGCUGCGUACGCAGUCAAGAGCCUUUCGAACGUGAUACCACCAGGCAUGGGGCACACGGUGUCCGUGCAGCGCCACCAUGCGCACUCCCAGUCUUACAAACACAAGCAGGAGCUACCACCUCCUGUCAGCAAGCCAGAUGCUUUGAAGUCCCAUGUCAUGAGACUCCUGAAGAGAUCUAAAAGCCACACGCCAGCCACCAGGGCUGCAGAAAACCAAAGCGAUCCACGAAACUUCGAUCGCCGAACGGUUUUCGCGAGGCCUGUGGUUGAUGAACAGCGUCGCAGGAGGAAUUCAGCAGAGAGGCGGCGCAGUGGUGACAAGAGAGUGAUGGUGACCAUAGUGGACGGUCUCCCGGUUGUCGUAACCGGACAGAACCAAGUACCACAACCGCCUCAGCAUCCACCGCCAGUGACUCCGCACCAUCGGCAUACACACAAGGUAAGUAAAUACUGAUAAUCGUGUGCACAUCGAUGCAGUUUAUUUCUUCGGGUUCAUUCGAUUGAACAAAAAACUAUGCCGUGAUGUACGCAAAACACAGGAAAUUGUGACAUAUUUAGACCGUUCGUAUAAAACGCACGCGUUUUUAACAGUCGUAUCUUUGAUUUUAUAACUGAAUACUCUCCUAAAUAUGCGUUAACUGCGAAGAUAAUGAAACAAUUGAACUGGAGACAUUUGCAUAUUUGUUCAACGUGUGUCUUACGUCAUGCGUGCGUUAUCUUAAUUAACUUUACGCUUAGAGUACAGAACAGAGAACUGAUCUCUGGUUACAGAAAAACAAGACAUGUAUUGCAACUCAACAUAUUUUAGUUCUUGGAACAAUUGUGGAUGAUAUAUACAUUAUUAUUAUGUACUAUAGUUCAUUUUGUGGUUUGUUCAUGUACCUACAUAAAGAUGAAUAUAGGGAAAAUGAAAAAUACUACUUUAUACGCUAUUACGCAUUGCAUUAUCCAUGAACUUGUAAUAGUUAUUAUUAUUAUUAUAUAGAUUAUAACCUAAGCACGUGUGGCAUAAUUCAAACACGUUGUGGUACGUUUUAUAUUCGAGUCUAGAAUAUUAAAAAACAAUACCGGUAGUAUAAAAUAUGUGCGCGGCCUAAUUGUAAGACUAGUAGUACACUAUCGUAUAGCCGUUUAGACACGCAUCGUUUGGCUAUAACAAAAAAUAGACUUUAUUUUUAGUGUUAUACGUUUUCCUGUUCAGUUCGAUACAGAUGUUUUAUUAUCAAUUAGUUUUGAUAUGUUUAGUAUUGAAUAGAUUUUAUAAAUAAUUUGAUGUAACACGAAAUAGAACAACGCAAUGAAAGCAUAUACCAAUAAUAUAUCCGCAAAUCGUUAGUAAUAUAUAAUUUUCGCGUGCCUGAAUUACGUAUGAAUUACACCUACAUUUGAUUAAGCUUUAAAUUCAAAAUAUUUCCCGACCGUUCAGUGUACAGUCGUGUGCGUCGAUCGUUAGCACACUUCAAAAAUGGCCACCGGGAGUUUUUACAUCGACAUACAUACCUACAUUCAGCCUGCAUGCUAGAUGCAUUACGAAAUGUAACUAACGCGUUUAAAAGUGAUAGUCUAUGACUAAUCAGUUCGAUAUCGGAAUGGAUUUUAAUACAAUUGCCCCACUAUCAUAAUCUAGCAAGAACGUGUGAAAGAAAAAGUGAGUAAUUCAUUAAUUUACUCAUUUACAUUUCUGAUUCGCGUAUGCAAAUGUUGGUGUUUAAUAUGCGGUUAUUAAUGAUCUUCGUUUCGUGCGGCUUAUAAUGGAUGAGCGAAAGUAAUUAAGUUCUGAUGCGAACUGCUCGAUUUCCGAUAUACUUUAAUUUAAUAGGUAUGCUAAUUAUAAAAUGAGAUUCGGUUUCGUUUGUUUUGGUAAUUACGGGACAAAGGCGUGCACAAACUUUCUUUAAUAGAUUUUCAGCUUUAUAAUUUUACAAUAAAGUAGGAAUUACAGGUAGCUUUACAUACUGAUGUCCUAUGGAAAUUCAAUGGUAUGCGUUAUGGAACUUCGGGAAAUCUUAUAAAUAUUUCUAUGAACGUAUCCGUUACGGUAUACCUUAUGUCAACUUGAAGUUCCUCGAUCGAAUCAGCCAUUAUGAUUCAGUUACACAAUCAGCCGGUUAGUAAACAAAUAUUGCGGGUUCCUUGAACGCGACCGAACGGCUGUCGGCUAUAUUUACCCGCACGUGUGUUCCGCCCAUUAUUUUUAGCCGCGUGGACGAAUCUCAGAUUUAUAACGAACGAGUCGAGUUAUUUGAUUCGAGGACGUGACAGUUGCAUAGUGUGUGCUCUAUUUAUUUUAAUUUAAUAUUUAAUUUAUGGCAUUGAAACUUCUGCAAAAUAGUCUUAUUUAAGUCUUGUUUGC